AUGUCCGACUCAGAGGAAGGCCUGCAUGAUGCUUCGUCAGACGACGGAAUGGAAAAACUACCAAAAUUGUAUCGCGCAAGUUGGAACAGUGGUAGCGAGAUGGAUGAUGAGCCUACAACUCGCCGUCGUCGCACUAAGGAUGAAGCAACGUACGGAAUAUUCAUGGACGACAGCGGUGACGACGAGAAAGGAGCUCGUGGUCACAAAAGUCGCAAACGUUCCAAUCGGGAACAAAGUCACAAAAAAACGAUCAACUGUGAGCAUGGACCGCCAAUGUUCAUUUCCGGCAAGUCCGAAGAUCCAGCACCUUUUCCGCCAACCGUCUCGAACGAAACGCAGACAAAAACUGUUUUGAAAUCUCAAAAAGGAACUACCGAAAUGGGGUCUGAAACACUCGCUUUCAUUCAAACGGCCGAAGAGCAAAAGCUACAGGCGCAGCGAGAAGCUGCAGAUCAAGAAUUUCAAAAGUUGCUUCUACUUGCUCGAGCGAAAAAGGGGAUAACGCGACUACAACAUCGAAUAGAUUCAGAAGUGCCGGCUGCUGGACUAGAAACUUCCGAGCGUGACCCAAACACUUUCUUUACCGGAGAUGAUAGACCCACGGGGUUGGGUUUUGGGAAAAGAGAACGAGUGUCGAAGCCACCGCCGAAACGCGAUCCGAACUUGGGUGCUUGGGAAAAGCAUACUAAAGGGAUUGGGAUGAAGCUACUUUCCAAAAUGGGCUACUCAGGUAGCGGAGGACUGGGAUCAAAGAAGCGCAAACGAGAUAGUAGCCUAUCGCGUCCUGUCGAAGUCAAAGUGCGACCAGCAAAUUUGGGUCUGGGCUUUGGUGGAUUCAAGGAAGCAACAAAAUUGAAAAGUAUUCGGAAAACCGAAGUUGAGGCUAAUGGGGUGGAGUUUUCUGAGAAUAUGGGCACUGUCCGCCUUGAUAUGCAUUCUUCGUCAAUUCCAUCAAAUGCACAAACCAGCUUAUUGCCGAGCACUAACGAUCUACUCAAGGAGCAAUCUUGGAGGAAGGUUGGACGCGGAGCUACAAAGAACAAGUUCAAACAAAAAACUGUCCCAUAUGAAGAUAUUCUAAAGAAAAUCAACACUGGACCUGCAGUCAUUCUUGAUCUGAGAGGUCCUGGCGCCGCCAAAACGACAGAUUCUGGGCUACCCAAGGAUUUGCAACUAGCUGACGAGCUACUAUACAACAUGACGCUUUUACGCAAUACCUAUGAAAACAAACUAUACUCGUCUUUGUAUUUUGUCAACUCAACAAAGCGAAAGCUGGAAAGUUUGCAGUCUGACAUUCAAAGUAUCGAUGAACGCCGGAUUUUGGCAAACGACCGCGCUGAUAAGCUUAUUCGGCUAGUGGACCUGCUGAAGGAGAUGCAGAUUUUGUUCGAAGACGGAAUCGACAGAAAUGAAUCUCAAAUACAAGGUUUGAUACUAGAAAUUGACGCGAUUUUUACAGUGGAAGAGAAAGAAUCUCUUCAGAUUUUAAACCUUAUCUUGCCAUCGCUCGUUGGUGAUCUUGUAUCAUCAAAGAUGGAGCAUUGGCAUCCUUUAAGAGAGGAGACAAAGUCGGCAGCUAACCUGAUUCGCUCCUUGUUGUCUAUUAGCGGCCUCGCCAAUUCAAACAGCACUCAUUUACAGUCAGAGAAUACGGCAUUACAGAAAAUUGUACUGAUAAACUACAUCAUUCCUCGAGUACAAAAAUCAUUCCAGUCUCCUCAAUGGGAUCCCGCCAGAGAUACCGAGAUUGCGCUUCGUUUUUAUGAAACGUUUCAAAGCAUACUGAUGGAUACAUUUAUCAUUGAAGAUCAAGAAAACUACAACAAGCCAGGCAAGGGAUCGGAUGAUCAAGUUUUCCCUAUGAUACACGUUGAUAAGGGCGCAGCUGUGAUAGAUCUCAUCCGCGACAAACUUAUCUACGAUUCGGUUUAUCCCAAGCUCAUGCGCUCAAUCAACGCGUGGAAACCAUUAUUGCACGACGAUAGACUUGCCAAUCCCCUCGAUCGUUUUGUGCUGCCGUGGGUUCCUCUCUUAGACCAUCGCUCACUAUUACCUACCCUCGUUUCUGACUGCAAAAAGAAACUUCGAAAUGGAUUGUCUUUUAUGCAGAAGCAACUCUCUGACGAUCUCCAGUUCACCAAAGCUUCUAUGGAAUUACUCAGCCCGUGGACUGGAGUACUUAAAGUGGAAAGCCUGCAAAGUAUGGUCUCGCACUUGGUUGCCCCACGGUUGGGAAGCUAUAUUCGCAACUCUACCAUCGAACGGGGCCCAGACCGGCCAUCCAACCUUGCUCUCAAAGUUGUGAACAAGCUCAAUUGCACUGGCCUUCUCGCUAAUCUUGAAAGUCUCACUUUGGUUGAAGAGUUAUUGGUCCGUUGGAGUCAGAGCAUGCAUCAGUGGCUCGAAGGUGCUUCGCACACAGAAAGGCAAGAUUUGAUAAAAACAUAUCUGGUUUGGAGGAACGGAAUUUUAUUUCCUGUACCGUCAGAUGGAAAAAAUAUUUUUGAUGCAUCCUGCUAUUUAUUCAGGCGAGACGAAACACUUUGCCGUAUUUUUUUCUCGAUAGCUUCGAUGUUCAAAACCGCUAAAGAUGAACGAUUCGCUGAGUUCUAUCCGCCUGCUGUGAACUAUCGUACAGCUCUCGCCCGCCGCGUAGUCGAAGACAGGCGCAAGGCAGCCGACGACUUGACCCGAUUGGAGAAUACUGGCGAUAUCAGCAUCGACACACGGGUUCGAUUAAACCGCAAGGGUCUUGUACCUACCUUUCGCGAUGUUGUUGAGCAGUAUGCCACGGAGCGUGGUAUACUAUUUCAACCUCGAUUGGGACACGGCUCGAAAAAAGACGGAAAACAAGUUUUCUUGUUCGGGGACGCACCUAUAUACAUGGACGCCAAUGUUAUUUACGUCUUUGCCAGUGGAGAUUGGAGACCGAUUUCGCUCGGUGACUUGGAAGCAAAAAUCACAGGGUCGGCAUGA